CACAUAAUUAAUGAUGUAAUAAAAUCCAAUACCAUACCAACAACUCCCUUUUCUCUCAAAAUGAAAAUUAAAGUCAUAUUGAACUCUUCUUGCCUAGUCCAGCCAUCUGAACGGACAUGCAACGGCUGCAUGCCCCUGACAGAAUUGGACCAAGCCGGUGUUCUAACUCAUGUCCCGACAAUCUAUUUCUACAGGCCUCCCCAGAACUGGCUCACACCCAAAGACACCAUCUUCACUACCCUGCGGACUUCUUUAAGACGAGUCUUGGUGCAUUUCUACCCGUUGGCCGGCCGUCUACGCUGGCUAGACGGUGCCCGUCUCGAGCUUGACUGCAACGGCAAAGGUGCCCAACUCAUUGAAGCUCACUGUGAGGCGACGUUGAAUGACCUUGGUGAUCUAACUCCAUCUCCCCAUUUUCGUUACCUUAUUCCUCAGAUAAACUAUAUGGUCCCCAUUGAAGAAAUUCCACUGCUGUGCGUUCAGCUCACUAAGUUUCGAUGUGGCGGCAUCUCUCUAAGCUAUACUAUAUCUCAUGCUGUGGCUGACGGGCAAAGCGCCUUCCAUUUCAUCUCCGAAUGGGCUAGGCUUGCUCGCGGGAAGCCGUUACGGACAGCGCCUUUCCUUGACAGGAAACUAUUGCGCGCUGGAGAGCCUCCCUCGGCACAACCACGUUUCAAGCAUGCGCAGUUCGAUCCUCCACCCCUUCUAAUAGGCCAAUCGAGCAGCGAAAACGAGUGGAAAAAGGAAACAACAAUUACCAUGUUCAAGUUGUCGAAAAUCCAGGUCGAAAUGCUCAAGAACGAAGCUAACAGGACGCGGGCUUGUGAUCGCAGGGUACGUGCCUACACCCGAUACGAGUCCAUGGCAGCACAUAUAUGGAGAUGUUCGUGCAAAGCCCGCCGGCAUGUACACAAGCAGCCAACUGCAAUGGUCAUAUGCGUUGACAUACGCAGGCGCAUGAAGCCACCGCUCCCGGACAAGUUCUUCGGCAAUGCAGUAGUUGAUGUUAUAGCAACCAGCUUCUCAGGGGAGCUGAUGACAAGGCCACUAGGCUAUGCUGCAGGCAAAAUAAGAGAAGCGAUAGACAGCGUAACGAGCGAGUACGUGCAUUCGGCCAUUGAUUUCUUGAAAAACCUGAAAGAUUUCUCCAGGUUGCAAGAUAUACAUGCAAUUACAACAAAUCAGGGGCCAUUCUACGGGAACCCGAAUAUUGGAGUGAUAAGCUGGAUGGCUCUUCCUUUGCAGGGCUUAGACUUUGGGUGGGGAAGAGAAAUCUUUAUGGCUCCCGGAACACAUGACUGCGACGGGGAUUCGCUGGUCCUGCCGGGUUACGAGGGGGAUGGAUCUUUGGUUGUUGCACUGUGUCUUCAGGCUGUCUGUAUGGGGGAUUUCAAGAAAUUCUUCUACGAAGACAUUAAUGAAACUAAGAAGAAUGGAUCUAUAAUUGUGGGUUGAAGGGAUGAACUAAGAGAGAGAUGAAGAGUUAACUGAUGAGGUCGUGAUAUGGUAAUAGACUUCAAGAAAUCAAAUUAUUAUAGAUAAUUAAGGAGUGAUAGUUUCUGCCUGAUUAACUUCAAGUUCCCAUAUGUUAAUGUAUCAAUUUAUAUAUUCAUGCCAUAAGAAAUCAUGUGAACAAAUCGGAGAAGUGUGUUGCAACUGGUUUUCCUCCUUAAUUUC